AAUCCGAGAUCCCAAAUGCUGUGCAGAGCAAACCGCAAGCCACGUUACCACGGAUCGGCUUACACUGCGCAGUGCCCUCAUUUCUGCACACGGUCGGCUCCGCCUGCAGUUUCUCCUUACAAACGCCAGGUGGAGAGACUGGCCGGAUGCCGCGACAGAGCUGGCAGGCGGCGCUAUGGCGCCUGGACCGACCUCAACUUUGCAAUCACUCUAUCCUUGGCGGAGCGACUCGUUGGUUCGGGCCGCGCAUGCGCUGAGCCUUCCUUUCGCUAUUACCGCCCCUUCCCCGCCCUCUCUGUCUUCUCUGCACUGGGAGCAGAGCUGUCCCAACCCCCAGACUUUACCUUUCUAUCUCUUUCUCUUCUCAUCCUGACCCGUGCCUUCCUUAUCCUGAAGCCUCCAGAGUUUGGGUCCCAGGACCUCAGGUGCCGAGCAGUGGAGAUGGUGAAUCGUCUGAAGCCACCAGCUCCUCUAGUCAGCACCCCUCGACUUAAAAACUGUCCUGCCACAGCCCUUCGUCCCUGUCCCCUGAAAAUGUACACUUGUGCCAAGUUCGUCUCCACCCCCUCUUUGAUCAGGAGAACCUCUCCACUGUUGAGCCGAUCACUGUCUGCAGUGGUGCUGAAACGACCAGAGAUCCUGACAGAUGAGAGCCACAGCAGCUUGGCAGCCUCACGUCCCCUGACCACCUCACUUAUUCCUAGCUGCAGCUUCCAAACCAGUGCCAUUUCAAGGGACAUUGACACAGCGGCCAAGUUCAUUGGAGCUGGAGCUGCCACAGUAGGGGUGGCUGGCUCUGGGGCUGGAAUUGGGACUGUGUUUGGGAGCCUCAUCAUUGGUUAUGCCAGGAACCCUUCUCUGAAGCAACAGCUCUUCUCCUACGCCAUUCUGGGCUUUGCCCUCUCGGAGGCCAUGGGGCUCUUUUGUCUGAUGGUGGCCUUUCUCAUCCUCUUCGCCAUGUGAAGGAGCCGUUUCCAUCUCCCAUAGUUCUUUCUCCCGUGCCUCGUCUGCCCUGUAUGUUCCUUUUCUUGUACCUUCCCAGGCAGCCUGGGGAAAGUGGUUGGCUCAGGGUUGGACAGAAGGAAGACAAAUAAAUACUGUAUUCAUAAGA